AUGGCCAUGGCUCCUGCGCGGAGCGGCGCGCCUCGCGAGCAUGCGCGGCUGCUGAAGGAACUGGCGGACAUUCAGCAGUUGCAUCAGCGCGGGCAGCAGCACGCACCCCCGGGCACAGCGAGCGCCCACGGCGGCGUGUCGGCGCAAGUCGUCGACGGCGACAUCCACCGCUGGCGAGGCUUCAUCGAGGGCCCCCUGGGCACGCCCUACGAGGGCGGGCACUUCACGCUGGACAUCGUCAUCCCUGCGGACUACCCCUAUAACCCGCCGAAAAUGAAGUUCGCCACCAAAAUCUGGCACCCCAACAUCUCCUCGCAAACCGGAGCGAUCUGCCUGGAUAUCUUAAAGCACGAGUGGUCUCCCGCACUGACCAUCCGCACGGCUCUCCUCUCCAUCCAGGCGAUGCUCGCCGAUCCCGUUCCCACGGACCCGCAGGACGCCGAAGUCGCAAAGAUGAUGAUUGAGAAUCAUCCGCUUUUUGUCAAAACAGCCAAGUUGUGGACGGAGACCUUCGCCAAGAGCGCACAGGAUUCGCAGGAAGACAAAGUUAGAAAGCUGACGGAAAUGGGUUUCCCAGAGGAACAGGCGCGGGAGGCUCUCCGGAAGCACGACUGGGACGAGACGCUGGCGCUGAACUCCCUCGUGGAGGGCUGA